AAGCCUCUGUCCUUCUCCACUUCCUGUCCAUUCAAUCACUCAUUCUAAACAAAACUCAAAAUUUCUGCUCAUGGUGGUUCAAGUCUCAGCAUAAUUCUUUAAAAACCAAAAAAAAAUCUGGUCUUUUUGACAAAGAAUUAUGCUAUGGAGGCCCUCAAUGCUGCUGGCUUGACACCAGUAUCAGUUCUCUCUAAAAACAGAACCACUGAACCCAAAAAAGCUGUGUGCUUUCCUUCAACUUCAUUCAAACCCUCAAAUUCUGCUUCUGUAAAAGGUUCUUUAUCACACACUUUCAAUGGCUCUCUAGCACUCUUAUCUUCAAUUCUCACCUCAGGAUUAGCCCAAGCCUUGACCUAUGAGGAAGCACUACAGCAGUCACUAAGCUCACCAUCUUCUUCUGACUUUGAUGCAAGUAAUGCCAUCACUUUUGCCACUGAAAAUCCUGUUGUUUUAGCAGGUGGGGCUUUAGUUUUGGCAGUUCCAUUGAUUUUAUCUCAGGCUUUCAAGAAACCUAAGGCAUGGGGAGUUGAGUCUGCUAAAAAGGCUUAUGCUUUGUUGGGUGAUGAUCAGAAUUCCCAGUUGCUUGAUAUAAGGGCAGUUGUGGAGUUGAGAAAAGUGGGGAGUCCUGAUCUUAGGGGGUUUAAGAAAAAGGCGGUGUCGAUUGUUUAUAAAGGUGAAGAUAAACCAGGGUUCUUGAAGAAGUUGUCUUUGAAGUUUAAAGAACCAGAGAAUACUACAUUGUUCAUACUUGAUAAAUUCGAUGGGAACUCUGAACUGGUAGCGGAGUUAGUCACUGUAAAUGGAUUUAAAGCAGCUUAUGCGAUAAAGGAUGGAGCAGAAGGACCAAAGGGAUGGCUGAACAGUAGCCUCCCCUGGAUACAGCCAAGUAAAGCUUUCAGUUUUGAUCUUAGCAGUUUCACAGAUGCCUUUUCAGUUGGAGACGACUUUGAUGCGUUGCCCAUCACUGUUGCAAUUGCGGCAGCUGCUGGCUUAGGUGCAUUAGCUUUUACAGAGAUUGAAACAAUACUCCAAGUCUUAGGCUCAGCUGCAAUUAUUCAGUUUACAAGUAAAAAACUUCUGUUUUCGGAGGACCGCAAGAAAACUCUGAAACAAGUUGAUGAAUUCUUAAACACAAAGAUUGCACCUCAGGAGCUUGCUGAUGACAUAAAGGACAUCGGGAAGGCCCUUCUACCGCCAAAUGUAACAUUUAAAUCUCUCCCUCCACCAGCAGAAGUAAGUUCAGAACCUGCUGAAAAUACUGUACAGAAGGCAGAAGCUUCUGCUCCGGCAGCUGAAAAUACUGUACAGAAGGCAGAAGCUUCUGCUCCUGCAGCUGAAAAUACUGCACAGAAGGCAGAAGCUACUGCAGAACCAGCAACUCCAAUAAAUUCAGUUAAAGCAGAAGCAGUUUCUGGGUUUUCAAGGCCACUUUCACCAUAUGCAGCUUAUCCGGACCUGAAGCCUCCUACAUCUCCUACUCCAUCACAGCCCUAAUGUCAAUUGUGUUGCUUCGACAACAAGUAACUUGGCGGAAAUUACAGAGCUAUUUUGUGAGUCAUCAAUUAUAUGCUCUUGAUAACUAGAUUUUUUAAGCUGUAGAAGAUCAUAAAUUGUACGAAGUCAUAUACCGAUGAUUUGCGGUUUUCUAACCGAUAUGAUUCUCUUUCUUUUUUCUCUA